CACCCACAGAGGUCCCACAGUCUACCUAUAGAACCGACGAAAUAUACUCGUGACUUAGACGAAGUCAUCCUAGCCGUUUCGUGUUUAUCUGAAUUCUGUAGAAAUUCGAAAUUGUAAAUUUUUCUCAUCACAUAUUUCACAUACAAUGUUCAAGCAAUUGAUAACAGCAGUGCCUAGACAGCCAAUUGUUGGCCAACGUUUCAUUUCCAACGCUUCCAGGCUCUACAAGCCAGCAGCUGCCACUGCAGCUGAAUACUUGACUACUGGUGGUUCUACCCAGUCUGUCUGGCCCAAGGGUUUCAGAGCUCCCAAGCCUAAGACUUGGGAAGAAAGUAGCGAAAGUGCCUUGAGCAAGGCUACCAAGUUCUUCUUCUUGUCGGAAAUUGCAAGAGGUAUGUACAUCUGUAUGGAAAUGUACUUCAGAUCACCAUACACCAUCUACUAUCCUUUCGAAAAGGGUCCUAUCUCGCCCAGAUUUAGAGGUGAACAUGCAUUAAGAAGAUACCCAAGUGGUGAAGAAAGAUGUAUUGCUUGUAAGUUGUGUGAAGCCAUCUGUCCUGCCCAGGCGAUCACCAUCGAAGCCGAAGAGAGAAUUGACGGCUCCAGAAGAACCUACAAGUACGAUAUCGACAUGACCAAAUGUAUCUACUGUGGUUACUGUCAAGAGUCUUGUCCUGUCGAUGCCAUUGUCGAAAGUCCUAAUGUUGAAUACUCUACAGCUACCAGGGAAGAAUUGUUGUACAACAAGGAAAAGUUGUUGGAAAACGGGGACAAGUGGGAACAAGAAUUGCAAUACUGUAUUGAUGCUGAUGCUCCAUACCGUUAAGUCGAAUAAUACAGACUUUCACCAUCCCACAUUAACAUAGCAUUUAGUUCCUCAACUACAAAAUUCAUAUAUCGUCUUGUUGAAGUCGAUAGAUACACUGUAUCGUUUAUGUAUUCUUUUUAUAAUGCAUUUUAUU